UUUAAAGUUAAUUCAAGUUUUUAUGAAAUAUAGAUAAGGAAAAAGGAAUCCCAACAACUUCCGGAGAAGUCACGCGCCAGCGUUAAGCGGAAGCAUGCUUACUUUGAACAAUUUCUCUAUAACAAACAAAGAGGCAAAAAAGGGUGUCGUCUGAAACUGAAACCAAGACCCUAACGCUAAAACCAGACCCAAUGCGAAAUCUGCCGCUAACCGUUUCCAAGCCAUUCGUCUUUGCUGAUGAUCAUCUUCAUCUUCGUCGUCUUUGCGGGCACAAAAGAGGCAAAAGAGAAGCAAUUAGAGAAGCUCAGGAGCUUCUCGCGCCGUGUUUGGAUGCCUGUCUCCAGGCGGUUAAUGUAUACAUGGAGUGAUGAAGAAUUAGUGCUUGUUACAGGCAAUAUAGGUGUCACUCAUCUGCGGCAUAAAUUGAAACUUUGCAGUGCUUAUCUUGGGGGUCCUGGGGAGCCGCAGAGCAAGAGAUGGUCAUGGACAGCCCCUGGCAACAUUACACAACUCCAAGGUUAUGAGAACUGUAGAUUAUAUUUGGUAGAUUGAUUACAUCGUAAAAAUGCGUAUUUAUUUCAUAAACUUUUAGUUUUUAACUCGAGUGUUUGAUACAGGCAUACAGGGGAACGCGUUCCUCUGAGAA